GGUUAUAUGCUCUGAUUCUGCUUCAGUCCUGAAGAGUAUUUCAUCUGCAAGAUCAGAAAGCGAGGAUCUACUUAUGGAAGUCUACUCUCUGUUGCAUAGGGUGAAGGCAAAGGGAGUGGUGAUACAUUUUUGCUGGGUACCAGCACAUGUUGGGGUAUUAGGGAACGAGGUGACGGAUAGAUUAGGUAAAAGUGCACUUGGGAAAAGCAAAGGGUCAAUGGGGAAAGGUGAGAUGAAAACAAUCAUUCGGAGAGAACUAAAUAAAGAAUGGCAGAGAAGAUGAGAUAGAUAUAGCAGAGGCAGGUGGCGUUAUAAAAUCAGGUAGACAGUGUCAAAUAAAUGGUACAUGGGAAGGAAUAGAAGGGAAGAAGUGUUAUUAGCUAGGCUCAGACUGGGACACGGCUUUAAAUUCAACUUUGGCACUUAUGAGGAAACAUAGAGAUGGACUGUGUGACAAUUGAGGGGUGUUAAACUGUGGAGCAUGUUUUAUUUGUAUGGGAUAAGUAUGAUGUAUUUCGUAAAAGCUCAGUUGAGAGUUUUAAGAGUAAGUCGGUAAGUGUAGUGAAUAUUUUGGGUAAAACGCAAAUGCACAUGGGGUAUAGAGCACGUUUUACAUUUCUACAUGACAUAAUAUAGUGCAAUGCUUGGAUCGGGGUAUGAAUGGGUGUGUGAGUGUGUGUGUGAGUGUGCCCUGCAAUGGAUUGGCACUCCAUCCAGAAGGGCAGUGGUGACAUAGUGGUUAAGGCUCUGGGUUACUGAUCGGAAGGUUCAAACCCCAGCAUUGCCAGGCUCUGGGUUCCUGAUCAGAAGGUUCAAGCCCCAGCCUGGCCAGGCUCUGGGUUCCUGAUCAGAAGGUCUGGGGUUCAAGCCCCGGUGCUGCCAAGCUGCCACUGUGCUCUAACCUUCUCUACUCCAGGGGCGCUGUAUCAUGGCUGACCCUGUACUCUGACCCCAGUUUACCAAGAAAAUAAUUCCACUGUGUAUGUGUGACCAAUAAAGACUCAUUAUCAUUAUCCAGGGUGUCCCCCCCCCCUUGUGCCCCAGGUUCCCCGUGACCCAGCUAGGAUAAACGGUACAGAAAAUGGAUGGAUGGAUGGAUCAGGACUAUGUGGGGAUCUGGUAAAGGAUGGAGGAGCUGAACACGCAGCGCCAUCUGAUGCUGGAUUCCUACCAUGCUUCUAUAAUCUUGGCAGAGCAUCAUUAUUGUAGGAUAUAGUUCACAAAAUACGGUAGGUGGCGGUAAUGCUGCUAGGAUUGAACAGCUAUUAACAAGAAGAAGAAGAAACAGUUGCAAGCGGCGCGUGGUUAUGACGUAUGCGGAAGUAAACAAAGCGCGUACUGUUUGUUCGCCUUGAGAUCUUCAUUCAUGUGCAAUAAUAUAUUUCAAUUUCUAACACGUCUGUAAUUCAGACAUGAACGGCCAAGCCGAAUUAGAUGUGGACUACAAGCGGAAAUACAAAAACCUAAAGCGUAAAUUAAAAUUUUUGGUGUAUGAGCAAGAAUGUUUCCAAGAGGAGCUGAGAAGAGCACAGAGAAAGCUCCUGAAGGUCUCCAGAGAUAAAAGUUUCCUGCUGGAAAGAUUGUUACAGUAUGAGCGGGUGGAUGAAGACUCGUCCGACUCGGAUGCCACAGCCUCCUCAGACAGCGAGGGAGAGGCUCCAAGAGAAAGGGAAAGGGAACCAGGAAAGAAGAGGAGAAGUCCCGGAGGUCCGUCCCUCGCGUCCUCCUCGUCCCCACAGCUUUCUCUCCUCUCUCGCCCCGGAGCGAGCGCUCUCCAGGCUUCAGCACCCUCUCAGUAUCUCAACGCGUUACCCUUCCCUCCUGACUAUUUGGCUCCCUCUGCUGAGCGAGUGAGGAAAGAGCGAAAACCAAAACCACCAAAACAGAGAAAAGAGUCUGCAGGAAAGGUGGUACCUCCAUUAGCAUCGAACUACCCAGCAGGCAGUGCACCAGGUGCGGGUUCGUCUGGGCCGUUCAGCUGGGUCCCGCGGCAGAUGCUGAGCGGAGACGCCGCGGAGGAGGAAGGAGAGAGUGAUGGAGAAAGCGAUGGAGGAGAGGAGGAGAGAGGAGAGGGAGAGGAAGCAGACCUAGUCAUUGACAUUCCUAAUGAGUGAAGGUGAAGUGGACAAAGACUCUAGUGUUUCUUUAAUAUCAGUGGAGAGAAACCUCAAGGAAACGCCGUUUAUCCAGCCGUUUUUUUUUUGUUUUUUUUUUUUGCUAUAGUCAUGCUACAAUUGUCUCUUCUCCACCAUUUUUACACUUUAAUUGCAACUAUCUAACAAUUAAAGCUACAGUGCAUAGGAUUGUUUAUAGGUUUAAAAAUGUAAACCAUGUCAUUGUUUAGUCUGGGGCGGAAACUCAACUGGAAAAUACAAUAUUCCUCCUGGACAGUCUCGUUAUAGGAAUUCACAGUCAGAGCUCUCGGGUUUCGAAUCGGACGGAGAUUUUGGAUGCACGUCGUACGCCAACUCGGAUACAUCCCGCACCAUCAUGCCUGAAAGUAGUACGGCCAAAGUCCUGCUUCUGGAUUUCCUCUAUUGACAUUGAAUAGAAGCCUUUCCAUUGAAACGGAAUUUUAGCCAGGUAGCUCAUGAUAUUCAUUAAAUAAAAAGCACAGAGUUUUGGCAGACACGCAUGUGUAUGUACAAAUUCAGGAUCAAGUAAAGCAUGUGUAUGUCAGAAUGAUUGUAAGUCUAAUUAGAGUUUGCUGACUCAGCAUAAUUCAGCAUUUAUGUAAGCAAACUGUCUGUUACAGAACCCAUGUCUCUUAUUACUCAGCAAGGACAUCAGAUGCUUUUUAAAAAUCAAUCAUCUGGCCAUUCUUACUAGAUAUUCUUACAUUGUGACUAUUUGGAAAAACAGAGACAUGCUCUCCUAGCUGCUACUGUCACGUUCAACAUCCAGCGGCGAUCUCACAGCGUUUCUGUGACAUCGAGGUAAAAUGUUUUUAAAUAUGGUGAAUUGUAAUUCAUUUUUGUUAACACUGUGAUCCUUUUUCAUUAGCUCUGUAAUUUAAAAAAAAAAGAAGAGAGAACUAAAUCCGAUUUUCGUGUUCAUUUUCCCCUCGUGAAAUGGAAAAUGAGUACAAGUUAUCAGUACGAGCUUUAGUCAGAAGCCAUGCGUUCUACAAAGUGAUGAUAUAAUGAGGUACAGAAGAGAGUUUCAAUUUCUGUACACCUAUUCGACUUAGUGGCUUUUAAACACACACAGAUUCGGCUUGUUAUGUAAUUAUAUGCACUAUAAUAAACUUAGAAUAGUAAUUAACCAGAAGCUAAAUCCCAGUAUGCUUUCAAGGGUUUAGUAGAUUAUCGACAUAUUAAUCAUGGCACAAAUUCUGUCUGUCUGUUGAGUCAUUUUUUUUGGAAUAUUAUACACUUUAUUGUCACCUGUGUGCCUGAUACACACAUUGCCAUGUCGGUGUCACUGCUGUGCUAUAAAUGAUAAUGAGCUUGGUUUUGUAACCUGUAGGCUCCUCAUUGUGAAUAACUAUAGGUUAUUUUGGUCAUGAAAAAUGAAGGUUAAUAAAUGCAAAACAGUCCAAAUUUCUCUCUCGUUUAUGUAAUAACCCACAACAUCUGGCCAUGUCUUCUUUAUUUUUAUCAGGAAAUUUGGUGGGAUUUCACGUCAGAUGAUUAACACUGACCAUGGAUCAGUCCAAACACUAUUGAAUCGUUUCAGAUUUAUAAACGUACAUGAUAAAACUGAUUGGAGAACAGUUCAAAUGUUAUAUUAAACACUGCUUCAUUGGUUCACCUGGAGAUCAACACCCCCUAGCGGCGAACUAUGGGACUUUUGAAACGUUUCGAAACAGUGAUGACUAGAGAUGCACCGAUACUACAUUUCUCAGCCGAUCCGAUAGUUUGGUGGUUCUGCCUUUUAUGCCUUCUUUUAAAUGAAUAAUAAUUCAUUCCACAAUUCUGAAAGAAAUGCAAAUAAAAACUUA